AGUCCUUUGGGUGGAGGGAUGGGAUGCUAAUGAACCAGUGUAACAGUCUGCUGGCUGCAUUCAGCUCCGUCCAAUGGCAGCCAAGCUCUGUCUCAUCCACACAGUGCUGAGCAAUCGACACUGAGCUGCACAACAGACUCCGACAGCUUCUCAUACAAGAAGUUGUUCUCUGGGGAGCCUGCACCAAGAUGUCAUCUGCUGGUUCCUGGAAGAAUGAGACAACCUUGAUCUUGCAGCAGGUUGGAUUCCAGGUUCAGAAGAUCUACCCGUUCCAUGAUGGCUGGAACACUGCCUGUUUUGUAAUCCUGGUCUUGUUUAUCCUGACUGUGCUAUCUCUGGUUCUGCUGGCUUUCCUCUACGAAAUGCUGGACUGCUGUUGUUGUGCCAAACACAAGACAGUAAAAGACCUAGAGAACGAGCCAAACCCAGUCAGAGCUCUAAUGAGCAGCAUGAAGAAGCGAAAAACUGAAGUGGUGUAGCAUCAGAAGCGGACAAAAAAAAAAAAAACACAAAAACUAUGUCUAUCGCCCCUUUUAGAGGACAAUCCGUAAGCAGAUGUUACUCUGCUUGCGCAAGCACAUGCUUCUUCAUGUGUCACUUAUACUUUAUUUCCCCCUUUAAUGUGAAUUAUUUGAACAUCUGCUGUUUUACCAUUGACUUUUCCUAAAUUUGUGGCAAGCAAAUGAUCACAUUCAUAAUACAUCCUAUGUCAUGAUUAAAAACCUGUUUGGGCAGUUUA